AUGUCAGAGAUAUUGCCUCUUCCUUGGCUGAUCAAAGCGAGCUCUUACAAUAUGAAAAUUGGUGAUGAAACUGUCAUCACAACUGUCACUGACCGCCUAGCUAUCGUGAACAGUAACAUUUCGGAACUAAAGAGUGUAUUGAAGAGUACUCCAAAUCCAUUUGUUGGAAUUGAUGUUCUAAAUAAUGGAGAUCUGUUGCUCUUUCAUGUGAAAGAACGGUGCCUAAUUAUUCAAUUUAAGCGCAUGUUCGUAUUGGAUAAUCUAACUGAUCUCCCCAAUUCUGUUCGGAAUUUACUAGCGGAUAGUUCCAUCACUUUUAUAGGUCCUAGAAACAUAACCCAAAAAUCUACUCUAUCAUAUGUAUCUGGAUGUCAAAGCCGUAAAUUUGAAAUUAGUAGAAUCGUUGAUGUUGGUUAUUUGACUGGUAAGCUUUGUAAGAAGCCAAAUUUGAUGAGUAGUACAUUAGAAGAGUUGUUGGGUGAAGUUGGUGUGGAUAUUAAGAAGCCUGUCAUUAGUGAAGGUUCGAUGCGUCCUAAUUGGCAAUCGUCUUCGAUUCUAUCGGAGGAGGAGGUGAAAUUAGCUAUGUAUGAAGUUCAUUCGUGCUUUCAAAUUGCAACCAAGCUAAUUGCAGAUGCAACCAGUGCAACUAUAGUUGCUUAAUUUGGUUAUGUAAAA